AUGCCUCUAACUGGAGUUAAGAAUGUCGUGCUGGUCCUUUCCGGUAAGGGAGGAGUCGGCAAAUCUUCCGUCACCCUCCAACUCGCCCUCGCGCUCUCACUGCAAGGCAAAUCUGUCGGGAUCCUUGACAUCGACCUGACAGGACCCUCAAUGCCACGCCUAGUCGGACUCGAAGAUGCGAAAAUAACACAAGCCCCAGGAGGAUGGAUGCCGGUACCAGUUCACAGCGCCGAAACCGCAACCGAAUCCACCUCACAAACCCAACGCGGUUCGCUGCGCUGCAUGUCCCUCGGCUUUUUACUCCGCGACCGCGGCGACGCGGUCAUUUGGCGUGGACCCAAGAAGACCGCCAUGAUCCGCCAAUUCCUUUCAGAUGUUUUCUGGGGCUCUACAGACUACUUGCUCAUCGACACCCCACCCGGAACGAGUGACGAGCACAUCGCACUGGCUGAGCAGCUUCUCACUCUAUCCACUAUAGAUGCUGCGGUAGCUGCACAGUCAGGUGUUCCUCGGCUGGCCGGUGCGGUGCUAGUUACUACGCCACAGGCUGUUGCGACAUCAGAUGUGCGCAAGGAGGCGAAUUUCUGCGUCAAGACUAAUAUUCCGGUUCUUGGCGUGAUCGAGAAUAUGUCCGGGUAUUCUUGCCCAUGCUGCGGAGAGGUAAGCAACUUGUUCUCCAGUGGUGGCGGACAGGUCAUGGCACAGGAGCUGUCACUUCCAUUCAUGGGCAGUGUGCCCAUUGAUGUGAAGUUCGGUGAAUUGGUUGAAGGAAAGAUGGAACCUGGGGAUAGCGACGAUGAGGAAGAGGGAGAGACCCCACAGACUGAAUCACAAGAAGCUCCCGCCGAGCCUGACGAUAGACCGCUUGUCGAGCGAUACCGUGAAACCUGGUCAUAUCCUCGGUUCGAAGGAUUUGCGCAAACGCUUGUGAACAGUAUUGAAGGACCGGCUGCCGCCUCUUAG